AUGAUCCCGACGGUUGUUCGUAUGUCCAAGGCCUCGCGCCGGCCGCUCACAUCAAAGAUGGCCAACAAAGACUACUACAAGGGUACACGCCAAGCAUGGUUGCAGCCGGACUUGCGGACGGGCCCACCGGGAAAGCAUACAAAGCAUGGAGGGUACCGUUUGAUCGAGGAGCAGGUCCGCGUUUUUGUGGCACCGCCGUUGGAAGACAUCAAUAACUCGAAGCUCAAGCCAUAUGUCGCCUUCAACGCCAAGCUCACCGAUGAUCAAAAACAGGACGUCCUACCUAGCCUGCCUCAGGGUGGUCUCAACGGGAAACAUCUAUUGGCACUGAUGCGUGGAGAGGUGUCAAAAUCUGAUAGCUAUGGUGCUUUCGAACCCGCGAACAGUCUGGCACUCGACUCGGCAGCGGCAACACCUGUACCUUCACCCGGACCUUCGGCUCAUGCAUAG